AUGGAGCAGCUAGCCCAGUUUGUGUCAAAGAGCUUUCAUCAUGCCAAUGUCAAACCGUCAAAGUGUGCCAAUGGAAAUAUUACACUCAGUGUUGCACAUCUCAUUGGAUCCGUUGACAACUCAAACUCUAAUCAUGAUACUUCACCCUCGGAGGGACUGGGUGAAAUUGCUAGUGUGGAAACGUCAGAGCCGAAUUCCCCGGAAUCUCGUCUCCAGCCUGAGGAUCUGUCCACUAAAAUUCCGAAGGAUAAUGGGGAAUUGUCAGUACCCUUGAAGCCCCCGGAAUUGAAAUUGUCAGUGAGAAAACUCCUGGGCUGCAGUCCAUCUCCACCAGCGGUUCAGGAUCGCUCGCCCAGUCCAGUGAUCAAUUCUGAAAUAAAAACAUCAGUCAAUGAAUUAACAGCAGAGGGACAAUGUCAAAAGCACGAGGAGAGCAACAAGAGUACUGCCAACUGUCGUGGUAAUGGCAGUGGCAAUGGUAAACAGCGGAGAUCAAGAACAAACUUUACCCUGGAGCAGCUUGCCGAACUGGAAAGACUCUUUGACGAGACUCACUACCCGGACGCAUUCAUGAGGGAGGAGUUGAGUCAGCGGUUAGGAUUGAGCGAAGCGAGGGUGCAGGUCUGGUUUCAAAAUCGAAGGGCCAAGUGUCGAAAGCACGAGAGUCAACUUCAUAAAGGAGUUGCAGGUGGAAUGGUGCUGGCUCCUAGAAGUCCACCGACACCUUUAGAGUCCUGUCGAGUAGCACCCUAUCUUCCGGCCUUGAGACUUCAUCCUCCACUUCAACCAUCAUCCAAUGUCAAUCCACCAGCAUCAGGACCAGGUUCAGCAUUUGAUCCGGCAGUGCUGCAUUAUGCAGCAGCUGGUGGACUCUUCUGCAUACCACCGAACAGCCACUCUCAUGCACAUCCUCUGAGCCUUGCGGCAUCUCUAGCCGCUGCAGCAGCGAGAUCCAAAAAUAGUUCAAUUGCCGAUCUCAGGCUCAAAGCUAGGAGGCAUCAGGAAGCACUCGGGCUUGAUAGGCCUUCCUAA